AUGCGCGACCACCCCAUGUGCAUGCUGUUUGAGUACAUGCGGUACGGAGAUCUGCACGAGUUUCUCGUGAUGAGAUCGCCACAUUCUGACGUAGGGGGGAGCUCGGACGACGCAGGAUCCCACUCAUCGCUGGACCACACCGAUUUCCUCUGCGUGGCAAACCAGGUGGCUGCAGGGAUGGACUACCUCGCCUCCAAACACUUCUGCCACCGGGACCUCGCCGCCCGAAACUGUCUCGUCGGGGACAACCUACUGGUGAAGAUCUCCGACUUCGGUCUGUCCCGCGACAUCUACUCCUCCGACUACUACCGCGUGCAGUCCAAGUCCCUCCUGCCGGUUCGCUGGAUGCCCCCGGAAGCCAUCCUGUACGUUUAUGUUAAGAACAUGACUCAGUGGAAAGUCCUGACAGUGGCGCAGCAAAAAUUCCCACACAGAACUCUCAUGCACCAGUACAGGCAGGAACAGACAAGUCUCUACCCAGGCAGGUUCACAGCUGUGGAGUCUCAGACAUCCAGGUGA